AUGAAUGAGCCUCGAACGGCUACUAAUGUGAAUGAGCCUCAUCAAAGCUCUGCGAAUGUAAUAGUAGUAGACCAUGUAAAAACUGAUGAUUUUUGUACUUCAUUAUGGUCAAAUGUUAAAGAACCAGAAGGAUGGGCUACAAUUCCCACUUUAAUUUUUCCACCCCUCGGAUUUUUUUGGUGUAUAUGGACCGCUUGGAGCUGGAGAGCGCUAGGAAGAGUGGAAGUACUGACAGCACAAUCAUGUACAAAACCUGGAAAAUGUUUCACAAUUCAUCAAGAUGAUAUAUUACCACCGAUACUUAGAGUUUCAAACGAAAAAAUUGGACGAAUAAGAUUUGCCGUCUUAUUAUGUACAGAUAAAUAUACUUGGGGUUGUUUUCUUUAUUUUGUAAUAAUUAAACCUACCGUAAUGAUUACAUUUCUUAUUUCUGCUGGCUUUCUGAUUAUAUGUGCACUUCCACCAUUUACAUUAUUGGGUAUGCCGUUGAUGUGUCUUAGUUGUAAGAAAAUGGGUGAAUUACAAAGAUCUGCGGGAACAAUUGCAGAAAGUGCCAGUCCUUAUACAGAACAUAAGUGGAAUAAGAUACUAAGUAUUAAUUUGAAAAGUUUUGAGCCUAAUAAUAUUAGACUCGAAUGUAGUGAUUUGAGCAAGAUCGCAAUAACAUUUGUAUCAAUAACAGACAGUCAAAACCUUUAUUAA